CCAACCAAAAAACACAUUUCCUUUCAUGAUAAUUCAAGCAAAACUAGGAUAACAUCGAUGGAGAAAACCUCCUCUGCCUCCUUUCUGUUUCUGGCAUUUUUAUUAAUAUCUCUUCACAAUAUCGCAGCAUGCUUAGCUUUGAAUAUAAGCACUGAUCAAUCUUCUCUUCAAGCCUUGAAAGCUCACAUCACUUCAGAUCCUAAUCACAUUCUUUCAAAAAACUGGUCUUCUUCAACCUCAGUUUGUAACUGGAUUGGAAUCACUUGUGGCUCUCGUCAUCAAAGAGUUACCGUACUGAAUGUGUCAGGUAUGGGUUUCAUUGGUACCAUCCCACCACAACUUGGCAACCUCUCUUUUCUUGUAUCACUUGAUCUAAGCGUCAACAAUUUUUAUGGUGAACUUCCACUAGAAUUUUCUCAUUUACGAAAAUUGAGAGCCAUUAAUCUUAGUUUCAACCGUUUCUUUGGACAAAUUCCUCCGUUUUUGGGUGAUUUUAAAGACCUUCGAAUGCUGUCCGUUGAAACAAAUGAUUUCAAAGGGUUCAUUCCUUCUUCUAUCUCAAACAUGAAGAAUCUUGAAAUCUUGAAUAUGAGGUUCAACUAUCUGGAAGGAAAUAUUCCUGCAGGAAUAGCCACUCUUCAAAGUUUGAAACUGUUGUCCUUGGGAUUCAAUAAACUCAAUGGCUCCAAUGUGCUUUCCAUCUUAAACAUAUCAUCACUAGAAAAUUUGGAUCUCGGGGGUUCUGCUUUAACUGGUGAUCUUCCAUCUGAUUUGUGUCGUCGCCUUCCCAGAUUACAAAUACUUGACCUAGAAUCCAACAUGUUAAGUGGACAGAUACCAAGAACCAUAUCUGAAUGCUCCGAACUUCAAUUCCUAUGGUUGUCUGAAAAUGACUUUGUUGGAACAAUUCCAGGAGAAGUAGGCAACUUACAGCUGCUGAAAGGUUUAGAUCUUGGACAUAACACGUUAGAAGGCAGAAUUCCUGAUGAGAUUGGUCAUCUUAACUUGGACUAUUUAGUCGUACAAAACAAUAAAUUAACAGGCUCAAUCCCUUUAACCAUAUUCGACAUUUCAUCACUUGGACUUUUAUAUAUGAGGAAUAACAAGCUUGAAGGACCUUUACCAAGAGAGGUUGGAAAUUUGACUUUGCUUAGCGUUCUUGAUCUUGGAAAUAAUAAGUUGACAGGUGCAAUUCCUGAUGAAAUCGGUAGCCUUCAACAGAUGACGCAACUUCAGUUGGAUUUGAAUAACUUUAGUGGGUCGAUCCCUGUUGGUAUCUUCAAUAUGUCAAGUCUUGUAAGAAUUUCACUCGCACAAAACCACAUUUCAGGUAACAUUCCGUCCACUAUAGGCCAUUGGCCACCCAAUAUUGAACAAAUCCAUCUACUUGACAACAACAUUAAUGGUGUUUUACCAAGUUCCAUCUCAAAUUUGUCAAUGCUUACCGUUCUCAAACUCGGUGGAAAUAAACUUGAGGGUUCAAUUCCUAACUCUUUGGGAAAUUUAACAAUUCUUGGAGUUGUUGACUUGUACGGUAACUCCUUCACAAGUGAUUUGAGCUUUAUUACUCCUUUGGCCAAUUCGAAAUUCUUAAGAGAAUUGAUAUUGUCUUUCAAUCCCCUAAAUGCAAUGCUUCCAAAAUCCAUCGGCAAUAUUUCUUCUCUUCAAACGUUUUCAGCGGAUGGCUGUAACCUCAGGGGUCAUAUUCCAGUGGAAAUUGGAAAUUUGAGAGAUUUAUCUUCGUUGAAGCUGGAAGACAAUGAAUUUACUGGCAUUGUCCCCAGGACAAUAAGUUCUCUAAAAAGCCUUCAACAGUUUUCACUUGGAGCAAACAGAAUAACCGGUCCUUUCCCAAAAGAAUUGUGUGAGCUAUCCAACUUGGGUUUGUUAAACCUUUCACAAAAUCAAAUGCAGGGAAGUAUUCCUAGUUGCUUAGGGGAUGUGACUUCCCUAAGGGAGGUUUAUCUUGAUUCUAAUAACUUCUCUGCUAUCAUACCUUCAAGUCUAGGGAAACUCAAAGACAUUUUGAAGCUGAACUUGUCUUCUAAUUUCUUCAAUGGUUCUCUACCACUAGAAUUUGGAAACCUCAAGUCUGCAAUACAUGUGGAUCUUUCCUGGAACCAAAUCUCAGGAAACAUUCCUAGUACAUUGGGAGGUCUACAAAAAUUGACUCAACUAUCUUUGGCUCAUAACAGAAUUAAAGGAUCUAUUCCUGAGACAUUUGGGAAACUCAUAAAUUUGGAAGCAUUGGAUCUUUCUUAUAACAAUAUCUCUGGUGUGAUUCCAAUGUCAUUAGAGGAACUUAAGCAACUAGGCUCCUUUAAUGUCUCAUUCAACCGGUUACAUGGGGAAAUUCCAAAUGGAGGACCUUUUGUUCAUCUCCCUUACCAGUCUUUCAUGUCGAAUGACAGACUGUGUGGUAACCCUCAAAAGCAUGUCCCACCUUGUCCUUCUAAUUCAAAGAAUCGUUCUAAUUCAAAGAAAAGAAGACUGAUGUGGAUUGCAGUUGCAUCUUCACUUAUCGUUGUAAUAGUGCUUGCUUCAGCAAUUGUUUUCGUGUUGAUGAGACAUCGGGGUAAAGCAGUCAAAGCUGAAGAUGAGUGGUUGCCUGAGGUAGCACCACAAAGAAUUUCUUACUAUGAACUUCAAAGAGCAACUCAGGGCUUUGAUGGAAAUAACUUGCUAGGUAGUGGAAGUUUUGGUUCUGUUUACAAAGGGACAUUGGCAGAUGGGAUGAUAGUGGCUGUCAAAGUUUUCAAUGUGCAGAUGGAAGGUACAUUUCAAACCUUUGAUAGAGAAUGUGAAGUCUUACGGAAUCUUCGUCAUAGAAAUCUCACCAAGAUCAUUAGCAGCUGUUGUAACUUGGAUUUUAAAGCAUUGAUACUUGAGUACAUGCCAAAUCAGAGCUUAGACAAGUUGCUUUAUUCUAGAGAUUAUUGUUUAAAUAUAAAGCAAAGAUUGAAUAUCAUGGUCAAUGUUGCAUCUGCUCUGGAAUAUCUCCAUCAUGGUUACUCAGUACCAGUUAUCCACUGUGAUCUGAAGCCUAGCAAUGUCUUACUUGACAACGACAUGGUGGGACACCUGAGUGACUUUGGCAUUGCAAAACUUUUAACUAAGGAAGAAUCUAUUGCUCACACGACAACCUUUGCGACAAUUGGUUACAUUGCUCCAGAGUAUGGUUUGGAAGGUCUUAUAUCCAAGAGGUCUGAUGUUUAUAGUUAUGGUAUCAUGUUGCUCGAAACUUUUACCGGGAAAAAACCUAAUGAUGAAAUAUUCACCGGAGAUUUGAAUUUGAGAAGCUGUGUGUAUAAUUCGCUUCCUGAUGAGUUGGACCAGAUCAUAGAUGCCGACUUACUAACAUUGGAUGAACAAAACUUAAGUCAAAAGUUGCAAUGUAUGUCAUCCAUCAUGGAGUUAGCCAUGAAUUGCACAGCUAAUAUUCCAGCUGAAAGGAUGAACAUGACUGAUGUUGUAGCAGCAUUGGAAAAGAUCAAACAGAAGCUUUCUUCUUGUUAUUGAAUGACCUAAACCCAUGACAUCAGGUAAUUGUGUGGCUAUUGGAAGUUAAAAGGAUGGAAGCUAUUUACUUCAUGCUUCACAAGAAGUUACUACAGCUCUGGAGAAUACUGUUAUGAAAAGCCGCUGAUAGUUUGUCUACAGUUUUCUUUUGCUUGAUGAUCUGUAUUUGUUUUAAGAAAAUAAACUUUAUCCUCCAAUUUUCGUUUUCCUAGUUCUUUAACCAAUCCAAUAUACUAGUCUAUGGCAUGUAAUCUUUCAAAUGAACAUUGCAUGUAAGAUACUUUAAGAAAAAAGGCCAAGUAUAUAGACAGACACAUAAAGCUAACAGUGGUCGGAUGUAGAGCUCUGCAGAAAUUCAAUCAUUUUGGACCA